AUGUCGACAUUUCCGAGCUCCACAAACAAGUCAACCUCUUCCGAUUCCUCGCUGUACUUGAGUGUGAUGGAAGUCGUGGGCGUGGUCGCAUCCGUAGCAACGCUCGUUGCAGUUGCGAAAGAGGUGUCGGAGCUUACGAUCAAGCUCACUAACAGUCUAUGUGAUGCGCCAAGACAGUUUGCUCAACUGAAGAAUCACACUUGCCUUGUUUUUCUGGCCCUGCAGUCUUUGGAUGAUAUCUGCGUCAACGCUAGCCUUCAGGAUCUCCUCUCCGACGAAGAGAUAUGGAUUUUCAACCAAGCAUUGACAACCGCGAAACAUGAGAUCAUGGCCGUCAAGAAAGAAUGCACCAAAAUUUGUGUCGAUUUAUCCGCAAGCAGGCGUAGACUUAGGUGGAGCUUGAUGCAAAAGAGCAAGGCUGAGGAAUGCCUUCAGCAGCUUCAGCGUGUCGAGAACAGUCUCGCGAUCAUAUUACAGUCGACCAACUUGUAA